AUUGCGGUCUUCGCGACGAUCAGUUUCUCAUGCUUGUCACGUGUGUUGUUGAAAAUUGGUCGAGGGAAGAUGGUGAAGGGCUUACUCGUGCAUUGGGAAGCCUGCAGAUCGACGAAAGCCUUUCUGCUGAUGUGAGUAGGUAUCGGUUGGAGAGUACGUACGAGGUGCAGUCAAUUUGAGCAUUUGGUGUUUGAGGGGACGAGUCUGUGGCUGAGCUUGAUCUUUGUGCUGGAGAUUAGCACUAUUCUGGCUGAGACGAGGACGAGUGUAGGUAUAAUAGG